AUGUUCAGAAUUAACUCACGUAUGCUCAACCUUUCGUCUCGCCUUGUCUCGCGGAGAACUGCCCAAUUCGUGGCACCCUCCCUGAGAACACCGCUUGUACGUCCUGCGGCAGUCCGUUUUGCAUCGGGUUCUGCUCCUUCAGAUGAAGACAAACUCAAGGAGAUUGUCGAGAAGCUCCAGGCCAACCCAGAAAUCACCGCCAUCUUGCAGGAUUUCCAGAAAAUGAUCGUAGACAAGGGAUUCGAUGCUCUGCGUCCUCCUCUGAUGAUGGAAAUGAUGCGUUUGUUUUCACAGAAGGAUGUGCGGGAGAAGGCUGGUGAGUUGAAGGCCAAGUUGGAUGAGGCUGGGAUUGUGCUUUCGCCGGAGCACAUUGGUCUGUUCAUGAAUGGAUUUAAGAAGUAA